UUGGAUAUCGAUUCUUCAGACCUUACUUUGACACCAGAGAGCCAAUAGCUCCUGUAGAAAAAAUAUAUUAUUACGUGAAAAUUUGUGAAACUUUAGUAAAAAAAGAUGAAAUCUUUAUUAGCCAUUGACGCUGCGGAAUAUAAUGCGGCAACAGAUAGAGUUAACUCUGCUCUCGAGCUUCUGAGAGAUGAAAUGAAAUCCUUACGUCAACAGGAUGUGACGUUGAUGCGUCAGUUUAUCACAAUGAAUGACGCCAUCAGAAGCAUAAGCCAGGACAAUAAAGCCGAGAAGAGGCGUGCAAAGCGCAUGCGUAACAGAUCAAUCAACACAGCUUCCCCCCUAAACUCGACGACGCCAUCUUGGUCGAUUCCCCUUGUUAGACAGCAGAGCGUACCUAGAUAUUGUGACGUCAUACCGGAAGUGCGGGAAAGGACAUGGUCUGCUUCAAGUGAUGAUGAGUCACCAACAGAAUCACUCAGCAGUAGCUUGUCUUCCCUCGCCGAAGACAGUUGCGAAAGUGACAGUAGCAUGACCUCGGAAGUGCCCGUAUUUCGUCCCCCAAUGGUCACAAGACAAAGGUCAAGGUCGGCAAAAGUUCCAAUUCGUCAACCACUUGACAAUGAAAGUAAUGUUGAAACAGUUUUAAAAAGCAAUGUGAAGCUGUGGAAACUUGCGCAAGCGCAGUCGAAUGACGAGAGCAGUGACAGUGACUCCGUGUUUGAAGACAGUGAAGGAGAAAAGGAAGUUAGCACGUGAUUUUCUGGCACAUGUCGUUAAAUUAUUAACUGACAAGUGAGAAAAUCACGCUAUGACAUUUAAAUGCAUUUUUGAGACAUAUCAUACGAAAUGGUGCUUUUCUAUACGAUGUAAGGUUUUGUUUGAGACGAAAGUUAUUUAUAGAUCAGUAUCCAUUUUUAUUGAGAAAGUAUAAUUAUACUGAAAAUGUAAUGAAAUUUCUUUUUUAAACUUAUUUUUAAUUGAAAAAUUCCACCCUUUUUUCAGUAGCAUAACACAAAUCGUUGAGAUAAUCUUAGGAGAGACAUAAAUUGUUCACAAUUUAAAUUUUUUGUCGAACAGAUUUCUAUUUUUCUAAAAACAAUCACAACAUUUUAUUUAUAAAUUUUAUAUAAACACCAAUACGAUAAGAAAAUUAUUAAAGCGACCAGUAGCGCACCGUCAUACGUUUUAACGCUGACAAGCCCUAAACUUGUCAUAGACCGUACGUUAACUAAUACAUAAAAUAUCAUUCAUAAAUGUAAUGUGUAAAUGCUUCAUGCAAAUGGACCUCCUUUCUUCCAACGAAUCAAAAGAAUUAAUUAAAAAUCAUAAUUUGAAAAGCUUGCUUGAAUUGAGGCAAACGCAUAUGUUACACCCAUACAAAUACUAUAAACUAUUUUUCUAUCUAUGUAUAAACUAUAUUUUUUAUCAUCAUUUUUUUGAAGGAAACCAGCCCCGAAUAAAUGCUGUUAAAGGUCCUUGCAUGUGUGUAUGAUAAGUUUGAAUAUGUAGCUUUGUAUAUGUUUUACAACAUAUUUGUUAAAUUGUUAUUUAAAGAUAUUUUUAAAGCUCCCAGACAUAACAUCUGUCAUGUGAUAAAUUCAACUUCAUGAUUGUAUUUUCAAAUAUGCAGGCGUGGAAAAUUCGCGAAAAACCCUGAGCUUUUCUAUAAGAAAAGCGAUUUUAGGAAUUACGAAUAUAAAAGCAUAUUCAAUUUUUGGCAUAAAUACAAAAACAACAACCAUACUAGUAAAACAAUUGUCAUGUAUAACAGUAGUAUAUUAUUUAUAAGUGGGAAGACUGUAUUUUCAAAACCACAUCAUCGAUGGAAAAUGUUCUUUCACUUGCAUAAUACACGUAAUUGUUGAAGGGCAUAUUUUCGUGUUACAAAAAGGUAGAAAAAAUACUUGAUGAAAUGUUUAAACAAUAACUUUUACAUUAUCUUCUCAAUCUAUGAUGUUAUGUCUGUGGGAAACUAUCAUAUUUUUGGCAUAGUACUGGUACAAAUAUUUCAUUGAUUUUAACUACAAUGGUGUAGAUUCUUAUCGAAUGUUCUUGAUCGAGAUUAUGAUCUUUCAACGACAUGCUUAUAGAAUGAAGGAAAUCAGCGCGCCUUAUCAUUUAGUGUACUUUGACCAUCAACUAAUUACUUGUUUACUUCAUUACCUUGUCAUUUAGCAGACGACAGAACAUCAAGGAUAGAGUAUCUAUCUAUUGCACGAGAAAUCAAUGGAAUAGUAUCAGAUUUUAGGCCCAUUUUAGAAUGUCUUAAGGGUUUUAAAUGAAGACAUUGUUAUCGUGUUUCUUUAUGUUGUUUUUUUAUCUCGUGUGAGUCGGCGCCUGAGAGAAUACUAUUUGUAAAUGUCAUUUUAUUGUUUAAAUAUAUAUUGUAUUUUAAUCUGCGACAAGCUUCAAACAGUCUGAAGUUCUUAUUGCCUAUUAUUCAAAUAAUAGAUUCAACUUUUCUAAAGACAUUUUCAAAUACAUAUUGAAAACGUCUUUUUAUGAAGUAGACCUAUUUUUGGAUAAAUCAUUGUUUCUUGAUUGUGUCUUCAUUAAAAACCCGCCUUUUUAUUAAAACAAAGAAAAAACACAUGAAAUAAUUAAAACUGCGAAAAAAUAAACAAAUCAGUUUAAAUAAUA